AUGAAGAAGCCCACAUCAUGGCAGCGACGCAAGGCCGCAAAGCUUGGCUUGGCACCGGCCGAGGUGCAGAAGCGAUGCAAGAAGAAGAAGAGCCUGGCCGGUCCAGCGCAGGCGCUGCGCGACGCGUGCAAAAGGGCGAAGGACGCAUCCGCUGCGUCGCGGGAGCGGCACCGGCUCGGUCAGCCGCCGCAGCCAGAGGACGCGGCGCUGGCGGAGGAGUACUCUCAGGCCAAGGCCGCGCUACGCAGGGCGCUCGAGGCGGAAGCCAGAGAGAAGGCGGCUGCCGCUCAGAAGACUGCAGCCGGGACCAUCCCUGCUGAACCUGCGUCGACGGCCAAGGGCGCGGCUGCGGAGCCGGCGUCGGUGACGCCUGCGUCGACGGGCAAGGGUGGUGGCGGGACGGAGGCCGCGGCGGAGGCCCCGCCUCCUCCCUCCAAGAAGGAGCUGAGGCGGCGCGAGGCGGUGGAGCGGGCUGUGGCGGAGCGGGCGGGCGAGGGCGGCGGCGACGAGCGCGAGCCGUGGACGUGCGAGACGUGCGGCGUGACGAUCCUCGUGCGCCCCGACGGGCGGGCGCGGCAGCAGCACCUCCAGGGAAAGGCUCACGUCAAGAGGCUCAGGGCUGCGCCCGCAACCGCCGCCUCCGCCGGCGCUCCCUCUGCGGCCUCCGCGCCAGCAACCGCCGCCGCGCCCGCCGCCGCGCCCGCCGCCGCGCCCGCCGCCGUGCCCGCCGCCGUGCCCGCCGGCGUGCCCGCCGGCGGCGGUACGGGCUACUACGAGUGCAAGCUCUGCUCGUGCACGCUCGCCUCCUCCGCCGGCGCUCUACACGAGAAGGGCGCGAGGCACCGCGAGAGGGUGCAGCGGCUCGCCGCCUUUCUGAGGGAGCGGUCGGCGGCCGACGCGGAGCGCCCGCUCAAGCCCGGCGACUGGAUCUGCACCGCCGCCUCCCACGCGCCGCAGCUGGUGUACGCAAACAGAGACAGCUGCUGCCGGGCCGGCUGCGGACGCGCGCGCGCGCAGGGGCUGUCGCAGUCGGAGGCGGCCACCAUGGUUGCUCGGGGCCGCGAGGGAGGCGCAUAG